AUGCCCCCAGGCCUAGGGGACAGAAGCUUCUGUUCGUGGGGACUCCUUUUGUGGCUCAGCAUUGGAAGUGCAGGAGACGCACCUCCUAUCCCACAGACAAAGUGCACUGACUUCCAGAAUGCUAAUCUUCUCCAAGGCACCAAUCUCAAAGUCCAGUUUCUCCUCUUCACCCCUUUGGAUCCUAGCUGUGGUCAGCUACUGCAGGAAAGUAGUGACAUCCAAAAGUCUGGGUUCAAUGCCUCUCUGGGAACUAAACUAAUCAUCCAUGGAUUCAGGGCUUUAGGUACAAAGCCUUCUUGGAUUGAUAAAUUCAUCGGUGCCCUUCUUCACGCAGCAAAUGCUAAUGUGAUUGCUGUGGACUGGGUUUAUGGCUCUACGGGUAUCUACUUCUCAGCCGUGCAGAAUGUGGUUAAGCUGGGCCUAGAGAUCUCCCGUUUCCUCAAGAAACUACUGGUAUUGGGUGUGUCGAAGUCCUCAAUCCACAUCAUUGGUGUUAGCCUGGGAGCCCACGUUGGGGGCGUGGUGGGAUAUUUCUACGAAGGCCAGUUAGGACGGAUCACAGGCCUGGACCCCGCUGGACCAGAGUACACCAGAGCCAGCCUGGAGGAGCGCCUGGACCCUGGAGAUGCCCUCUUUGUGGAGGCCAUCCACACAGACACUGACAAUGCGGGUAUUCGGAUUCCUGUUGGACACGUGGACUACUUCGUCAAUGGAGGCCAAGACCAACCUGGCUGUCCCACCUUCAUUCAUGCAGGUUACAGUUACCUGAUCUGUGAUCACAUGAGGGCCGUGUACCUCUACAUCAGUGCCCUGGAGAAUUCCUGUCCAUUGAUGGCCUUUCCCUGUGCCAACUACAAGGCCUUUCUUGCUGGAAAAUGUCUGGAUUGUUUUAACCCCUUUCUGCUUUCCUGCCCAAGGAUUGGGCUGAUGGAACAAAGUGGUGUUAAGAUACAGCCGCUUCCCAAGGAAGUGAAAGUGUACCUCCGGACUACUUCCAUGGCUCCGUACUGUGUGCAUCACAGCCUCGUGGAGUUUUACUUGCAGGAGCCAAGAAAGAAGGAUACCUGUAUCUCCAUCACCUUCCUUAGCAGCAAUGUUACUUCCUCGGUCGAGAUCACCAUACCUAGACAGCAACUCCAGGGGAGAGGAAUCAUAGCUCACACCAACGCACAGUGCCAGAUAAACCAAGUGAAAUUCAAGUUUCAUUCUUCCAACCUAGUUUGGAAAAAAGACAGGACUACUAUUGCUGGAAAGUUCUGCACUGCUCCUUUGCCAGUCAAUGACAACAAACAGACUGUCUGCUUACCUGAGCCAGUGAACUUACAAGCGAGUGUGACCGUUUCUCAUGACCUGAAACUAAAGUGUGUAUAG